GGAAGCAUUCCCACCCCGCUAUUCCGUAUGGUUUUUCGAAAUGAGGCCUUCAACGAACAAAUAAAGAUGCAUUUGGUGAAGGAUUUUCCUCUUUUCCGUCUGCGCUCUGUGUACGUGUCACAUGCAGAGUUUUACGCCCUCCAACGGCAACUUGAGAUUUACACAAAAGUGUCAGCCACCAGUGAAACUCUGCCUGAUCCAGCAUUGGAAGAAACGCUUGGAAUUUCAAAGCUUCGUUGGAUGUUUGAUGCGUGGUUGAUGGUACUGGAAGGUAUUGCCCCUUCAUGGCUUGUGGACAAGGGUGUCGGUCCAGAUAUUGUUACCUUGUUUCUUGCCUCGCAUCGCCCUAUAGGGAAAUAUGAUGUAAAAGAAACUAUUGAAGCAUACACACAGCUUCCUAUGGAUAAUCGUGUGCGGUGCUCUUAUUAUACGGCAGGUGAGCGUAUGCGGCAACGAGUUCAUGUGAUGCAACGAUUUCCAGAUAUGAUUAACAAGUGGCGACAAGGCGCGUAUGAUCUUCGCUUCUUUGGCGAAGAAAUAACGGGAGCUGAACCAGCUGUGCAUGUGGCUCAUUGCAUUCGUAUGCUAUUAUGCAGAAGGAAGCCGGGGGAGAAUUAUAUUGAAGAUGAUGAAAUCGCUGCCUUUGUGCCAGCGGACGAUGAAUGUAAGCCAUUGCAGGUGUACAAUACCCUGGCAGCCGAACGUUUGCGUCUCUGGGUAUUGAAGGGGCUGCUCACCGCGGAACUGCACGGUGUCCACUGCUUGAUGCUUGAAUUCGAUACAGCCAUGGUGCUCUCGAUGUGCGUGGGACUUCUUUGGGGCAGCGGUGAGGAGGAGCGGCAGAGGGAAUUUGUAUUUCAUGUAUGUAAGAUUAUUGUGGAGACGGUGGAGGAUUACGUGCAGCACAGCGGCAUCAUUUGGCGGGUGAUUAUUGUCACUUCCGACGAAAACUCGCUGAAGUCAUCCAUGCUCUGUCGCGAGAUUCUUGAGGUGACGCAAAUGGCAAAAACGCGCGUCGAGGUUGAGGAGCGACAGCGCAUGGCUGCUGGUAAACGAGUGUCUUCCGCACCCUCUGACACAGGCAUAACUGCUCAAGAGGAGGGGGAGGGGGAGGAGGAACACGGAGAGAAUAAGGAGGAGGAAUCAAGGGGAGGCGAGGAAAAAAGACCAACAGGACCCGCGGCCCCGACGAGAGCGUUGACGACAGCAGUGGUGGCCAUGGCGAAGAGCGCCAGCUACAAACACGGCCCCUUCGAAGAUGUCGCAAGGUUCUCGGAGAGUAUUAGGGAUCGUGCGGCGCGUUGUGGUGUGCGAAUCUCCGACGCCGAGUUGUACCCCAUCUUUCUUGCCCUCUCUGGUGGCGAGGAUACGGUUCCCAUAAGUGAAAUUGUGCAACUUAUUCUUGAAAAGGAGUUGGAGCUAAACGACGGUCGCCGCAGCAAAAUUUGCAGGGAAACACGUUUGAUUUGGCCCCACGAUCACCCCAUCUGUGCACUGGAUAGUUGUGGUGUUCCGUGUGACAAAACCACCGUAUGGAACUUUGUCAAGAGCUUUCAACGACGUCCAUACCGCGCCAAUGUGGGAAACUACAUGGCCACCAUUGGUUUCACCCCCGGCAAUGCUCCGGAACCACCCGAGUCUCUCAACUACGUUGAAUUUUCCGUACUGAUGUUAGCCCUGGCACGGCAGUAG